AUGCCAGCUGAGGAGGGCCGCAUCAUAGUGUUUAAAGAACCUGUACCAAACAAAGUCAUGACAGGUCAUGUGAUCAGAAGAGAAAGUGUCCCCAAUGAAGGGAGCUGUCGAGUGAAGUGUUAUAUGGAGCCCAACUGUGUGUCCAUAAAUAUGGGACCACUGAAAGAAGGAACGCUCGAAUGCGAAUUGAAUAAUGCCACUGCAGAAAACGAAAAUGUGUUUGAUUUAAGGAACAAAGAUGCUCACACUUAUCUGGCCAUCGAGGUAAGUGCUUUUUUUGAAACUCGGUGACGAGGCUGUUUAUAAAGGUUAAUCGGGACUGACGUUUAGUUCACAAGAAGAUCUAACGUCAAGUUUUUAUUCCGCUAGUGGGAUGGACUGCGUAGCAAGCGUUUAAGGUCGUGUUAUUGCGCGAAAGUUGGGGCAAGAGUAAAAUAUAUGCUAUUGCGUUCCAGCUUUUCUCGACAAGCUCGAAUGGAAACGCUUGCUACUUAGCCUGCUACUUAGAUCGCUCUUUCAAGAGGUUUUUGAACAAACAAACAACAAUAAACCUGUGGCGAACGUACCAGCGAAUUAAUAUUGAAAUCAUUCAAAGUCUUGUUUAUAUAUUUCUUAAAGUGAGCUUCUCAAUGGGGUGAUGGCAUUGGGCUACCUUAAUACUUUGCUUUUUUGCGUCUAACGCUGUAACAAUUUCUCCUAGUAACGGGGUUAAUUAAUAAAGAAGUUUCCGUCUAUGAAAGGUAAAUUAUUUGCGGUAUGAAAAAAAUAUACGGAAAUUUAUCAGCAGCGAGACAAGACACACAAACGGCUUUCACGAUUUUUACGACUAAGAAAUCAAACAUUCUACAUCGGACAUCUUACAUUACACCUGUUGACUCUAAUGUCUGGAGUUUUGGCAGAUUUACGGCUAACGGUUUGUCCAUUCUUAGGCCCUCUAAUAUACUUAUAAUCUGGUAGUUGUUUUUGAUUGCUGCUCCUUAUUCCAGAAUCCCUGCAGCAGUAGUCCAUGUCUAAACAACGGGACAUGUCAAGCUGGAUUCACAAGUAAAGGGUUUCGUUGCAUAUGUCUUCCGUUAUUCCCCGGAACAAACUGUGCAGGUACGUGCAUGCAACAAUUUUUAUUGCACAUUUGGCUUAAACCAUGUAUUUAAAGAGAGAUCAGCACUGAUUAGGCCCAUAGUAAGAGUGAGGCAAUUUUGCUUCAUUUCAGUGAGGCAUUUUUUCUUCAUUUCGGUGGGCAACGUUUUGCCAAAGUCCCGAAGAUCGGGAACUUUUUUUGAAAGGGAGUAAGGCUCUGGUAGUGUCAACAAAGAAGAUUUUCAAAGGAAUUUUCUGGUCAACUGUAGACGUUUUUGAGUAUUCUUCUGUCACUUUUAACUGAAUCGUGCACAUUUGGGUAUGGUUCGAACGAUCUCACUUUCCUAUACAGUACAUGUUAGCGGUCAAAACCGUCCACGAACGUAAGAGUGAUGACGUCACAAGUGGUACAAUGGACGAUGAUAUGCACUGUCGGUAAUGGGUGGCUCGAGUGUGAAUGGGUUAAAGCAGUGUAAAACUGAGAAGCCACAUGCACACCAAGGAAGUGCAAGUAGUAGUCAGUUAGUUCCUGGGGAAUAUCCCAAGAGUUUUGAUUUAUAACUUAUCCUGAUUAUUUUCAAUCACUGUGUUUAGCAAAAUCAUGUAGUGACCAAAAGAGGAUUGAGCCUGGAGCAGAAAGUGGAAGUUACGUCAUUGACCCUGAUGGAGAAGGUGGCUUGCUUCCUAUGUAUAACGUCAUCUGCAACAUGACUGACAAAAAUGGAACUGGCGUGACAGUCAUCAGUCACGACAGUGAAAACAGAACCCAGGUGAAAGGAUAUGAAGCAGCAGGUAGUUACUCGCGUGACAUUCAUUACACAGGAGCGAGUCUGUCUCAACUGGAGAGUCUAACCAGAGUCUCUUUACACUGUGACCAGUUUAUCAAGUAUGAGUGUAAUCAUUCAUUGUUACUGUGGCCCCACAACAACAAAAACAGUUCAUUCGGAUGGUGGGUGUCACGUGAUGAUGAUAAGAUGACGUACUGGGGCGGAGCGACAGAGAAUGGCAAAUGUGCAUGCGGGAUGAACAACACAUGUGCAAACCCCAACCGUGGUUGUAAUUGCGAUAAAAAUGACAAGGAGUGGCGUGAAGACAGUGGCCUCCUCACUGAUAAGACAAAGCUACCGGUCAAGCAGCUCAGGUUUGGAGACACUGGAGGUACAAAAGAACAAGGUUACCAUACUCUGGGGAAAUUAAAAUGUUAUGGUAUAGCCUGA